UCUAGGCUUCUACCCACUAGUCCAGUGAUGUCACAGCAGAAACAGAAACAUUGGGAGCCUCCAAGUGCUCCCCACUGCUCCCCUCUCCAGUACCCAAACCCCUCCCUGGCUUCCUGCUCUGCUCCUUGCUGUGCUCCCACUUCGGGAGGCUGUGGUUCUGGAUCUCAAAGGCCCCGGGAUCAGAGCCCAGCCAGCCCUCGGAGGGCUCGCCGAAAGCCCCGCUGCAUCAGUGGUGGCACGACCUACCACAUCAAAGAGGAGGAGUGUUAAGGUCCUGGAAUUUCUACCCUUAUCUCUGACAGGUUCUCUCUGUCCUUCUUUGAUGGCCAGAGGAAUAGAGGUGAUUGA